AUGAAAUCCAGUCGCCGUUUUCCUGCAUCCUUCGCCUUGCAAUUGGCAACUUGUUUUGUAAUAUUUGUAUUCAUAUUAACAAGUAAGAAUCAGAAAACACUUCAACCCCAAAAUUUUGCAAAAUCGGAACAAGUUGAAUGUGGAUCAAAACCGGAUACUCUAGAUGGAAUUGGAUUCCAAUUUGGAAAAACCAAAGAAGUAGUCUUAAGCCCGAGAUUUGAGGAACUCAAUAAAUUACCAGAGUGUGACCUGACAGUUGAUAAGAGUCCUAUGAAAAUCGAUAUUUCAAAGUUGAUGGAAGACUUUCAAAAUUGCAUAAGACCUAUUGUCGAUCAGUGGAAGGGUGAUGUAAAAACGAUGAACACCAAAUGGACCAAAACCAAGUCUUGUGAUUCUGUAUUCGAAGACAUUGAUAUUGUACCGAUGGCUAACUUGCAUGAAACCAAAUGGACUAUUCUACCGACUUGUAAAGAAGAAAAUAUCAUGGUGACAUUGGGAAUUGGGCAUGACACAAUGGCUGAAGAGAAAUUGAAUGUGACUCUCCCUAACACAAAAUUCUUUGGAGCCGACCCAAUUAUUGAUCCGAACCGACAGCUGUAUACUGCAUUCGGAAAAUACUUUCCAUUCGCAAUUGGAAGAAAGCCGGGGUUCACCAAGUUUAGAGUUCUGCCUAACCAGAAUCAGAAGACUAGAAAGUACGAAUUUCAAGAUGUCACCACUAUCCCAUUUACUUACUUUUUAUCGGAUAUUCUUGGAUUGAAGAAAAUCGACAUUGCUUGGAUAGACAUCGAAGGUGGGGAGUUUGAGUUUUUGGAUCAAAUCCACCGAGGUGGACCACUCGAUGACAAAGGAAUUGCAAUCUGUCAAUUCAACCUGGAAGUUCACUCGAAAUUUAACCCUCCCGGUGCUCAAAUCUAUCACGAUUUCAUUUUCAAAGUCCUCGAAGACAAAAGAUACGUCUUUUUGAAGCCUGCUGCUACUGAUAAAUCCUCCAAAAACGUGUUCGUUACUCUCGGAAUUGAACAAUACAUUUCAGCAGAGCAGGCAUUUGCGAAGAAAAUGAACGAAUCAAAUAAAGAUGUCACAUUCUACGGAGCCGAUCCAAUCGUUCCAGGAAAUUCUGAACUGUAUUCGAGUAUUGGACAAUUCUUCCCAUUUGCAGUUGGAGCAAGAGCUGGAUUCUCGACUGCUAGUGUCCUUUUGAAUGAUGGUGUAGAUAACACGGAGAAGACGGAGAAGGAGAAAGACGAAACGACAAAUUUUUUGUGGAGUUUCUUUGUUUCUGAUAUGACAACCUUGAAUAUUUGA